GGCAAGCUAACAAGCGAGCUGUACUCUCUUACCUUGUCUAUUCGGAGUAAUUAAAAUAACUCAAGCAAAAACAACAAAGAAGGUGAAGGCCGACAUUCUAUAGAAAGAGAAACAAAAAUGGUGCUGUUGGCAGCGGCGGUGUGCACCAAGGCUGGCAAGGCCAUUGUGUCGCGGCAGUUUGUUGAAAUGACACGGACACGAAUUGAAGGCCUCCUUGCUGCAUUUCCAAAACUGAUGAACACAGGGAAGCAACAUACCUUUGUGGAAACGGACAGCGUCCGUUAUGUGUACCAGCCGCUGGAGAAGCUCUACAUGGUCCUCAUCACCACCAAGAACAGCAACAUCCUCGAGGACCUUGAAACACUCAGACUCUUCUCUCGUGUGAUUCCAGAAUAUUGCCGUGUGCUGGAGGAGAGCGAAAUAUCAGAGCACUGUUUUGACCUGAUCUUUGCCUUUGAUGAGAUUGUGGCUCUCGGCUACAGAGAGAAUGUCAACCUAGCUCAAAUCCGCACUUUCACAGAGAUGGACUCCCAUGAGGAAAAGGUUUUCCGUGCUGUCAGAGAGACCCAGGAAAGAGAAGCCAAGGCUGAGAUGAGAAGAAAGGCUAAGGAGCUGCAGCAGGCGAGGAGGGAUGCCGAGCGUUCUGGGAAGAAGGGACCCGCUUUUGGUGGCUUUGGCAGUGGUGGCAUGACCAGCAUCUCCUCAGGAUCGAUCAUCACAGAAUCCAUCGUCGAGCCUGAAAAGCCCAAGAUCACACCAGCUCCAGUCAGACCAAGUGGACCAAGUAAGGCGCUGAAGCUGGGGGCGAAGGGGAAAGAGGUGGACAACUUUGUUGACAAGUUGAAGUCAGAGGGCGAAACUAUCAUGCCAUCCUCUGGGAAGAGAGGCUCAGAUGUUUCUAAAGCUCUUCCACCACCAGUGAAUGUCGAGAGUGUACAUCUUCGUGUUGAAGAGAAGAUCUCGCUCACUUGCGGUCGUGACGGCGGGCUGCAGAACAUGGAGGUGCUGGGCAUGGUGACGCUCCGAGUCACAGACGACAAGAACGGACGCAUCCGCCUAGUUCUCAUCAACAAUGACAGCAAAGGAUUACAGCUGCAAACACAUCCCAAUGUGGAUAAGAAGUUGUUCACAUCGGAUGCAGUGAUUGGCCUGAAGAACCCCGAGAAGUCCUUUCCUCUCAACAACGACGUUGGCGUGUUGAAAUGGAGACUACAGACAACCGACGAGUCACUCAUACCUUUAACCAUAAACUGCUGGCCUUCGGAGAGUGGCAACAACUGUGACGUCAACAUUGAAUAUGAGCUGCAGGAGGAGAGCCUGGAACUCAAUGACGUGGUCAUUACCAUACCAGUGCCGUCUGGCGUCGGAGCUCCUGUGAUCGGAGAUCUGGACGGAGAGUACAAACACGACAGCAGGCGAAACGUCCUGGAGUGGUGCCUACCCGUCAUUGAUGCCAACAACAAGACUGGCAGCCUGGAGUUCAGCAUUAGUGGACAGCCCAAUGACUUCUUCCCCGUUAAUGUGUCCUUUGUAUCCAAACGCAACUACUGCGACAUCCAGGUUGCCAAAGUGACGUACGUGGAUGGAGACAGCGCCGUUAGAUUCUCGUCAGAGACCUCCUUUGUUGUCGACAAAUAUGAAAUCCUGUAAGAAUAUUCUAAGAAAAGUGGGGGGCAAAAAAAAAGAAAAGAAAAAAAGGCCCAUGAAAAAUAGUCCAAAUCUGCUCCACCAGACCGAUUUACAAUUCCUUUGCUGCCCACCCUGUAUAAUACUACACAGACUGUGUACAUUAACAGGAUUCCAUCAUCCCUCUGGCAAAUAGUGCUCCAAGUUCUGGGCAGAGCUGCAGUGGUGUAUUUAUGUAGACGGAAGAGUGAGAGGAUCAUCUGUAGCGUUCAAAAUUGAGAUUUCGUAACUACAGCGACACUGUCGUUGACCUGAACGGAGGCCGAGGAUGAUUGCGGGGCAGGUCACUGGUCACAUCACGCUCAGUCUUGUCAGUACAGCCCUGCGACGAGCACUUGGGGGAAUGUGACAACAGGAGGCAGUGGAAUCAGCCUUCACUUGAAUUGGCCCAAGUACUUCCAUGCAUCCUCCACAACCACCCUUCAUCCCUCUGCGUGUUGCAUUGCAAUAAUUCAAAAUGGCUGAUUGGGGUUCUUACUUUCUUUUUCAGAUGUUAAGGUCCUGAACCGCAGAGUUCUAGUUCUUUGGUAUGAUAAGCAAUCAAAUUUGUUGUUCUCUCCGAUAUCUCACUUUUUUUCCCCUUGGGAGGAUAUUUUCCUAGAAAGGUUACAUAUUGGCCCUUGGCUCCAAAGGCAAAUGCUCAAAAUAUAUUAUGUUCUAUCUGCAAUCGUUUUCAUUCAUCUUAUUGCAAUGUGUCCUUAUUUCUAACGGUGUAUCUGUUAGUUUUUGCUGUAUAAUUUGUCGACCUUUUCCACCACAUGGCAUUGAAGUUUGAAAUGGAAGAGCAGAGCCCUAUCCACCAGUGAAUAUAUUUGAUUAUUGCAACUGAUAUUUUUAUAAGACCCUUACAGCCUCUCUUCACACAAAAUUUAACUCUGUUUCAGUUGUGGCAGUUGGAUAGUAGUGACAUGUACAUUCGAGAUGGGCCACACACAACAUAGCUUGAAAUGCAGCACCACCCCCACCACUCAUCACCCCACACCCCAAAAACAAAUAAAGUACAGAGCAUUUUGAAAUUGGGCCCUCCACAUCCCAAAGACAAAAACCUUGUGCCCACACCCGUGUUCAUAUUUUUUUUGUCCUUUUUUGAAUAUCUUAAGAUUAUUCAGAAUGAGAAUGUCUUUCUUGGUUUGUUUUCCACUUGGACUCCCCAUAUUUCAAUUGACGGUUGUGUCGAUGUGUUGAAUUUAGAAAUUAGUAAAUCAAGCCUUUUUAAAGUACAUUUCUGAAGGGGAAUCGGAACAUUCCAUUGUACAAUUAGGGGGAAAACAGAAUCUUUAAUGUAAUAAAAUGUAUUCUUGAAAAGUA